GUAGAUAAAUCUAGUAUUAGUAUGUGGCACCAUACUUAAUAAUAUAGUAACAUACAUAAAAAAAAUCUCUUUACAACAACUUAAAAAUAAAAGUUGGCCAUUCUUUGAUAACGAUAGUAUUCAUGCGAGCAACUUUCUACUAGAUCUAGAUCUCACCCCAAACAAAUCAACGAUAAACCCUAAAAUCAGCACAAAACUAUAAAAAUAGAAAUCUCUCCAUUAAUGGAAUAGACAAACCUUAAUGUCUAAUGUCUAUAUAUUAUUCUUUCCCUCUCGAAAUUGAAGAAACUUAACCACCGACUAUUCUUACUCUACUCUUCUUCACCCUUCUUUCCCUUUCAUUUUCUUUCUCCUUUCUCUCUUUCCUACCUGUCCUUCUAUCAAUUUGACACCCACCUCUUUCACCUCUUAAAUCCCCAUUCAACUUUUUCCCAUUUUUUUUUUCUAUCUCACUUCACUCAAUAAUUAUAGAAAUCUCAAAAACCCCAAAUACCCACCUUCUAAAUCCCUCAAAAAUCUAAAAAAAGUUCCUAAAUUCAUAAUAUUUCCAUUUAUUUCUUCCUCAUUUCACUCCAAAAUCAUACAUUUCACAAAACCCACCUUCUAAAUCCCUCUAAAAAUCAUAAGUAGUUCCAAAGUUUUCUCAUUUCACUCAUAUAAAUCUCAAAAAACCCACCUCAUAAAUCCCUCCAAAAAUCUCAUUUAGUUCCUAAAUUUUCUUAAUUCACUCAUAUAAAUCUCAAAAAACCCACAAAAACCCAUCUUCUAAAAUCCCUCAAAAAUUAGUACAAAAAAACAAUGAGUUCUAAAAUGGUAGCUUCAACACCUUCAUUAAGUGAAGGAAUCAUCAAGAAAAUCAUCUUAACUUACACAUACAUAUCAAUAUGGUUGUUUUUUUCAUUUAGUGUAAUAAUCUACAACAAAUACAUCUUAGACAAAAAGCUCUACAAUUGGCCAUACCCAAUUACACUAACAAUGAUUCACAUGUCAUUCUCUUCAAUCUUAUCAUUCCUUCUUGUUCGUGUGUUUCAUGUUGUUGAAUCUCCACUUCAAAUGACGAAAUCAAUGUAUAUUUCAUCAAUUGUACCAAUUGGAGUACUCUUUGCUCUGUCUCUUUGGCUAUCAAAUUCAGCCUACAUUUACCUCUCAGUUUCAUUUAUCCAAAUGCUGAAGGCUUUGAUGCCUGUAAUCGUGUACUCGAUUGGAGUUAUCUUGAAGAAAGAUAGCUUCAAGACGAACACAAUGGCUAACAUGAUAUCAAUUUCAAUUGGGGUUGGGAUUGCCGCCUAUGGCGAGGCGAAAUUCGAUGUUUAUGGAGUGAUUCUGCAAUUGGGUGCGUUGAUUUUUGAGGCAACAAGAUUGGUUUUGAUCCAAAUCUUGUUAACUUCAAAGGGUAUUCAACUAAACCCAAUUACUAGUUUAUAUUAUAUUGCACCUUGUUGCUUGAUUUUCCUGACUAUUCCUUGGCUAUUCGUCGAAUACCCGGUUUUAAGGGCGCAAACUAAAGGAUUUGAGUUCGAUUUUGUGAUCUUCGGCUCAAAUUCUUUGAUUGCAUUUGGGUUGAACUUGGCUGUUUUUCUUCUAGUUGGGAAGACUUCGGCAUUGACUAUGAAUGUUGCUGGUGUUGUUAAGGAUUGGUUGUUGAUUGCGUUUUCGUGGUCUGUGAUUAAAGAUACAGUUACUCCGAUUAAUUUGUUGGGUUAUUUGUUGGCGUUUUUGGGUGUUGUUUAUUAUAAUCGAGUUAAAUUUCAGAGUUUGAAGGCUUCUGAGGGUCAAGCUCAUCAAAAGAAAGAUAAUGUUGUGGAUUAUGCUAAGAUUAAUGAUGAUGAAGAGAGUGUUAAGAAGUUGUUGGAUGAUAGAGAUAGUAAUGGUGCUAAGAAAGAUGAUUCUUAGCACUAAAUGAAUGAUUAUAACUCGAUUUUGGAUCGAUUUAUGGGUGUUUGGGUCGUGUUGAUGUUUGGUUUUAGCUCGAGUUUGGAUUGUUAUAUUGUAUACGAGUACAAUGCAGGAUGAUUGCAUAACAUGACUAGAGGAUCAAAUUAGCUUGUACUUGUACGGGUUGAUCGAUUUGUGUUGGUGCCAAAUUCAAAGUUCGUUGUGUUGUCAUGUCGGGUUAGAGAUUUAAAACUCUAAAGCUUGGUGUUUUACGGUUAAAUCUAUCUACAUGUACAAUGGAGUAUAUUGGUUAUUUGGUAUUAGUCUAUUAGAUGGUUCAAAUCUUAAAGCACAUUGCAAUGUCAUUGCAAAAUAUUUCCAUUAAUGCUUCUUAUAAGAGCUCUUUUUUCUUUCAUUUAAUGUAUUAGUUAAACUUUUCAAUGAAUUGAUGGUAUAAUAGUAAAAUAAAAAC